AUGGGAGACAUCGAUGUGUUGAAGACAACUGCAUCAGACCUCAAAGACAUGCUUAACAAAGGACUUAUAACAUCUCGUACUAUAGUCGAAACUUAUUUGGGCCAAAUUAAGCGACAUAAUUCACAAGGAAUGGUGCUUAAUGCACUCAUUGACAUUGCUCCGGAAGAGUCGCUCUUAGAAUUUGCGGAUAUUUUGGAUGCCGAGAGAGCUGCAGGCAACCUCCGUGGAGACUAUCAUGGAAUACCAAUCGUGCUAAAGGACCUGAUAAAUACCGACCCAUCUCUUGGAAUGAGAACAACACUGGGCUCAUAUGCCAUGGCAUCGGCAAGACCUGCCAGAAACGCAUUGGUAGUUGACGUGCUUCUCCAACAAGGACUCAUUGUUCUAGCAAAAGCAAACCUAUCAGUGAGCUGGUCCCCAAUUGGAGGCCAAACCCAGUCUCCUUACAUCAUUGGGGGCGUCUCACCUGGUGACACUUUACUCGGACAUAGUAAUCCAGGAGGCUCUUCCAGCGGCUCCGCAGUUUCCGUUGCGGCCGGUUUUACUCCAUGGUCUAUUGGGGUAGAAACAGAUGGAUCUGUCCAAACCCCCGCUAGCCGAGCAUCACUAUUCGCCUUGAAGCCGACAAUAGAUAUGAUUUCAGGUGAUGGUGUCUUUAAGCUGACAAAUGCCUUUGACAGCCUUGGAGGAAUGGCUAAAUCAGCGCAAGAUCUUGCAGCGCUGACUGAGAUUCUUUUUCUUACAGUGCCUGGCAGUCCAAUGGCCGGAAAGAGUUUGACAGCAGACUUUUCGAGCUCUCUUGACGGGCUCCGUCUAGGAUUCGUUGAACCGAAUGAUUGGAUGUUCUCUUCAACGAUUCUUGAGCCAGACGAAACGUACCUGCAGCAGCGACGAAACCAUUGGAACCACGCGAUGAACGAGUUAAAUCGCCUGGGAGCGAAGAUUGUUUCUCCAAUUAAGAUCAAGAAGACUUCUGAGUACACCUUCGAAGGCAAAAGCAGCUACCAAGUGAUUCGAUAUGGCGGCUGGAAGCGUAUUAUUGCUGAUUAUCUACAUGAUCUGGCGGAGACUAAGGUCCACUCACUCGAAGAUAUUGUAGAAUUCAGCAUACAGAACCCUGACCUGGAGUUUUCUGAUGUUUGCCAGAAUCAAGACUCUUUGGUUAAUAUAUUAAAGUAUGACAUUCCUGCCUCUGUCGUGGACGAUGCUGUCAGAGACGUCCGCCAAGCCGCUGGUCCCGAGGGUAUAGACCGCGCACUGAAGGAAUAUGGUAUCGAUGCUAUCAUAGCACCGACUGAUAUUUCUAUGCUAACCUUCAACGUAGGUUAUCCCAUGGGCACUAUGCUCCUAGGCUAUCUGCUUCCUAGUGGGCGCCCUCAUGGAUUAAGCAUCAUCACAUCCAAAUACAAUGAUGCAUUGAUACUUCGAAUCAUGCACGUGUAUGGUACAAAGUCAUUUACUAGGAAAGUACCAUCUCAGCUGGAAGCGGAUACAGUCGGAAAGGCUUGUAUUUGA